GACGAGCGUCUUCCCCAAGAUAUCAGACGUUGAUGCGGACAAGUUGGCUAACUUUUACAAGGAGAUCAGAUCAGCUGCCUCUGAUAGUCACGGGCUUCCGAUGACGGUGAGACAUAUAGAGUCGAUGAUCCGUAUGGCUGAGGCUAGUGCUAAGAUGGAGCUUAGAGACUACGUCACUAGUAAGGACAUUGAUCAUGCUAUUGCUACUAUGCUGAGUUCUUUCAUCAUGACACAGAAGCAUGCUGUAGCUGAGAGGCUCCGUAGGAGGUUCGAAGCCAAAUACAUCUCUAGCGUAACAGAUCAUAACGAGCUGUUGCACUUCAUGCUUAGGAAGAUGUUCAAACAACAAAUGGAUUUGAUCCUGCUUACUACUGGAAUCGGUAGGGAUGCGGCUGAUGUUGAUGACGCUGACAUGCCCGAAAUAACCAUCGACAAAGGAGCGUUUAUUCAUGAGGCUCAGCAAGCUGAUCUGAGAAAUGUCCGUGAGUAUAUGGAAUCAGCCUUGUUCGCUGAGGUCUUCACUCUCGAUGAAGAUGGGAAGACUAUAAGACGGAAGGCCGUGGCUGCUUAG